GACCGUUUGAAUUGACAAACGUCAAAAUUCAAAGCGUGGGAAAUAUCUACGAAAACAUUUGAUUGCUCCCAAAUCCGUGCGGUAAAAUACUGGAAAUGUUCGAAGUGGCUUGGAUUUGUGGCAAACGAAACUAACGUGCUAAGUUGACGCUUCCCGCACGCUAGAUCGGAACCGCCCCUUGUAAGCAUAAAAAAUAUGAAAGAAAUUUUAUUAAUCGCAAUGGGUUUCAUUUGUUUCUGCUCUGCGGAUAUUCCCUUGGUGAUAAACACUUGGAACUUUGAGGACGCUACCAGAAACGCUUGGCUAACAUUACAAGACGCACAUAACGCUAUUGAUGCCUUAGAACAAGGUUGUCGAACUUGCCAAAAUCUUCAAUGUGAUUUUACGGUGGGCUUUGGAGGAAGCCCGGAUGAAAAUGGAGAAACUACAUUGGAUGCUUUAAUUUUUGACGGAAAUGACAUGAACAUGGGCGGCGUAGGGAAUCUUAGAAACAUCAAAGACGCCAUUGGCGUGGCACGAAAAGUCCUUGAGAACACAGAACAUUCCUUCUUGGUUGGCGAUCUGGCUAGCACAUUUGCCACGUCGUUAGGAUUCUAUCCAGAGUCGUUGCAAACAAAUUAUUCGCUUGACUUAUGGCAAAGUUGGAAGAAUAAUAAUUGCCAACCAAAUUUUUGGAUGCAUGUUUUGCCUGAUCCUUCAUAUAAUUGCGGACCAUACACACCAACUGAUUCCUAUUCCCAAUCUUUUUUAAAAAAUGAAUUAUCCGCAAGAAAAUCAAACUUUCGUUCAAAUAAUCACGAUACAAUAGGAAUGAUUGUUAUUUCUGAAGACGGCCAUGUUGUGGCGGGAACAUCCACCAACGGUGCCAAUCACAAAAUUCCGGGGCGCGUGGGUGAUUCACCAUUACCUGGGGCUGGAGCCUAUGCUGACAGCGAAGUUGGCGCCGCAACCGCAACAGGAGAUGGUGAUCUAAUGAUGAGGUUUUUGCCGAGUUUUUUAGCAGUAGAACAAAUGCGAUUGGGUAGGUCUCCUUCAAAGGCUGCGAAGAUAUCGAUUUCCCGGAUAGCUGCAAGAUUUCCAAACUUUUUUGGUGGGAUUAUUGCCGUUGAUAAAAAGGGAAAUAUUGGUGCAGCGUGCAAUGGCAUGGACAAGUUUCCGUUUUCAUAUAUAAACAAAAAUACGACUGCACCAGCUAUCAGAUAUAUAAAUUGUACAAACAACCCUAAAUUUUCAAAUUAAAUAAUAUCGAAUAAUUUCGGUAGUGUUGGCAGACGCUUGAUGAGAUUUAACGAUAUUCCAUUAGGUAUUAUCUAAAAACAUAGCUAUUAGAUAAUAUAGUGGCCCUAGUAGGGUAAAAUUUGAACAUUUACUACAUCUGGGCAUAUU